AUGAAUAAUAAAAGAACAAGAAAGGAAUUCGAAGAUGAAAUUGAUAGUGUUGAUGAAAUUAGUAGAUUAAAUAAAAAAUUAGAUCAAUUUAAAGAAAUCAAAUUUGAGGAAUGGACAUCAGAGAUAAAAUCAAAGCAGGGCGUUAUUUAA